AUGAAGAGACGGCUGCGGCGCAAGGUGGAAAUCGAUGGGCCUUUCGGAAAAACUUCGGCAUACGCUACUAUGACUGAUCUGCCGGACGAACUUGUCGAGAAAAUCGUCGAAGACCUGGAUGAUAACGGAUCCAUUUGUCGGCUGAGCCUCACCUGCAAGAAGCUUCACUUCCUGGUCCUUCCUAUGUUCUUCUCUCGCAACAAGUUGGUAAAUCCGCAAAACGGCCUCUUUCAUUGUCGUCAUCCUGUACCAGAGCUGCUAGAGGCCAUAAGGACAGCCCUUUUCGUUCGCAAUCUCUCAUCAUUUACAUUUUACUUGACUUCGGAGAUUGAGCAAGUGAUCUUAGACAUUUCCAGUCUACGUGGUUUACUGGCGCGCAUUCCACCGGUUGGUCAAAUCACGAUAGGCCUUCCGAAACGUAUCCGGUACAUAGACGGGUCACAGGGAGUCCGAACCAUGGCGAAGUGGGGAAGGGAGUUUUUGAAGCUUUUAGAAACAAUCGCGGAGAGUGGGUGCAGAGAUUUGAGGUUGCUUGACCCAAUAGGUUAUUUGUCUAACAAAUUCACGCCUAAUAACCUGAAUGUCACGAUACCUCCACCUGCAAAACCCACAGGCUCUAUGUCUAGGAGGACGAGAAACUCGGGAGGGUUCCGUGCACAUUCCCAUCUGACUGGGAUGUCGACAAUACAAGUUCUUUCUUCGAGGCUCUUCCAACCGUUUUUUAUUGGAUGGAUCAUUGAUACGCUAGAGGUGAACCGAGAGUCCCUCGUCUGCAUUCACCUCAAGGUCACUUCCAUAGACCCACUCCUUCUAUCACGCAUCUCCGAAUCUAUAAAUUUACCGGCGAUAAAAGAGGUCAAAAUUUCCUCUCGCUUCAAUAUCGUAUGGGUGGGGCUGUGCAGCUUCCUCAAUCGCCAUCCGUCAACCACCAGUCUACACCUCGAAGGAAUCCUCCCAGUCAAGGAUCCUCAAAUCCCUGAUCCACCAAUUAUACUCCCAUACUUAUCACAGUUAACUGCAAUCUCGCCGAUCGUGACCUUGCUGCUCCAACAUCGGAACAGGGUGCCCCUUCUUUCCUCCGUCCACGUCUUACUCAAUUGGAAUGAUCAAUCCGAGUUGGACCCCCUAGCAGCCGUUGCCACCCACGCCCAUAUCUCAUCUCUGCAGUUAUCAAAUGGUAUAGGGGGAGAUAUCUGCGCGAUCUUAAAUAGGUAUAUCCGUGAAGACAAACAUACUCGAGUCAUUACCUCCCUCGCUCAUAUCAGGAGUGUCAUUUUGGACCAACGUAUUACUAUUCAUCCCGGCAAGUUCUCGCCGCUCACAAUAAAGAGGUGGCUUUACCUCUUUCCCCAUCUGGAGCAUGUGACUUUGAGCCUCCGUCUAUUAGAUCCCAGGUUGGGAUUGUCAGCCGAGGAGAAGCGUGAUGUAGUCACUGAGUUUGCCACUCAAUUUGCUGCUGACCGCCCGACGAUGAAAACAUUAUCAGUUGGAUUUAUAUCGGCAAUCAACUUGGAUGACUUGCGGAGGAUGCCUGGUUUUAAGCUCAACGAAGCACGAGUCGGACUAAAGGUCAUGCCAGUGGGACGAUGGCCCGGUCCAGAAAACGAAAUAGCUUACUUUUCGCCUGCGAUUCACCUUCUGUAA